ACACACACACACACACACACACACACACACUCUCUCUCACACACACUUAUAUAUAUAUAUAUAUAUUUAUAUUUAUAUAUAUAUAUAUAUAUAUAUAUAUAGUAAAACACUUUGACAUUCACGGUAAGCGCUCGACGGACGCAGGUUCAGUAACGAUGGCUGAAGGCGACAACAAAAGCGCAAAUAUGCUCGCUCAGGAGACGGCCCAGCUGGAGGAGCAGCUGCAGGGCUGGGGUGAAGUGAUCCUGGCCGGGGAUCGCGUCGUGCGCUGGGAGAAGCCCUGGUUCCCCGGAGCCCUGAUGGGCGUCACCACCCUGCUCUUCCUGAUGAUUUACUACCUGGACCCGUCCGUGCUGACUGGGAUCUCCUGCAGCGUCAUGCUGCUCUGUCUGGCCGACUACCUUGUGCCCACCCUCGCCCCCCGGGUCUUCGGCGCCAACAAGUGGACGACUGAGCAGCAGCAGCGUUUCCAUGAGAUCUGUGGGAACCUGGUGAAGACUCAGCGUCGGGUCGUCGGCUGGUGGAGGCGUCUCUGCGCCCUCAAGGAGGAGAAGCCCAAAAUGUACUUUGCCUCAGUGAUCAGCAGCCUGCUGGCAGUGGCCUGGAUCGGACAGCAGGUGCACAACCUGUUCCUCACCUACCUGAUCGUGAACUUCCUGCUGCUGCUGCCCGGCCUCAACCAGCACGGCGUCAUCACGAAGUACACGUCGAUGGCCAAGAGGGAGAUCAACAAACUGCUCAAACAGAAGGAGAAAAAGAACGAGUAGCUGGAGACGAUGACAUGAUGAAUCUCCCAGAGAUAAACUACGGCACAAAACGGAAGGAAGUUAUUUUGAGAACGAGCCUCGUGUUUCUCGGUCUGCCACAGAGCAAGACUGGUCUUUUUUUCUCUCUCUCUCUCCACCACACUGAAUGUUUCACUUCUCUCACCACAUCUCAUCACAUCUCAUUAGAUAUUAAUUUCUCGUCUGCAUGCAGCCUCCACAAACUUUAACACGUUAAUCUGCGGCACUGAAACGUUCGGCACCAGGUUGAAUUCUCUUCUUCUUCUUCAUGUGCUUUGUUUUAAGGUCGUUCCUCCUCGUGGACAAAGUGACUACUGAGCAGUUUCUUCUGUAGCAUUACUGCAUCAUGUUCCACUGCUGAUCAUCACAGUCAUGAUUUUUAUUUUUAUUGUUUGUCAUGAGAGCAGGUCACGGAAGUUUAACACUAUACUUUUUCUUUUGUUGUAUUGAACAUGAGACGAGUGGAAGCUCUGCUCUGUCAGCUCGUUUGUGUGCGCGCGUGUGAACCCACAGUGUCACUGGUGUGUGUGGAGGGGUGUUUCUGUGUAAAUAGACCUGUCACUCAUCUUUCGCUGUUAUUUAUGUCCGUCUGGUCUCAUCACUGUCUCUCAGUACAUUUCAUUGCGCGUCUUUGUCGGAGAUCUUUACGAAAAAUGAAUAAAAUUUGAUUUAAAUUAA